AUGUCUGUGGACCCGGGCAGGCGAUGGUACUUCGGCGUUCAGAAUCUGCGGCUCCUCCUGGAGCACAACGUCGGCGCACAGGCUGGCGCCCGGCCGGACGGCUUCGCCAUGGCGUCGUGGGCAGCGCUCGGCUGGGCCGUCGCCUUCGGAGCCAUGCUCGUCAUCGCCAUCGCCGGCAACAGCUUGGUCUGCGCCAUCAUUCUGACUCACCGUCACAUGCGAACAGCCACCAACUGUUUCUUGGUCAACCUCAGCGUCGCCAACCUGCUCAUGAUCUGCCUGAACUGUACCUUCAACUUCAUCUACGUGGUGUACGCCGACUGGUGGUUUGGCCUGCCCUUCUGCAUCAUCAGCAACUUCGUGUCCAGCUUGACGGUCACAGCCAGCGUCUUCAGCCUCGUCGCUGUCUCGAUCGAAAGAUACAUGGUGAUCGUGCGGCCGCUACGCCGCAAGAUACGGCGCGGCGAGGUGGUCGGCUCCAUCAUUCUCAUCUGGGUGUGCAGCGGCUGCCUGUCGGUACCAUACCUGCUCUACUCGGACAUCAUCACGCACCGCAGGCUACCCUCCGGCGACGAGGUGUGCGGCUGCGUUCUGGUCUGGCCCGACGGACUACCGCAAACCUCAUUCGCCGAUCACGUGUACAGCAUCGUCUUCCUCUGUCUCACCUACAUCCUGCCCAUGCUGUUCAUGGCCAUUUGCUACACGAUAAUUGGCCGCCAGCUGUGGAGGUCUGGUCGCACCGGCUUCAAAACGACCGCCGAGCUCUCAGCCAUCCGCUCCCGACGAAAGAUCGCCCGCAAGUUCAUAGUGGUGGUGGUGGCGUUCGCUCUCCUGUGGCUACCUCACCAGGCGUCAUGCGUGUACACCUACCACGACUCAUGGCUCGCCCGACGGAAAUACGUCCAGCACCUGUUCCUGGGAUUCUACUGGCUCGCAAUGUCUCAUUCUAUGGUCAACCCAUUCAUUUACUUCUGGAUGAACGGAAGGUUUCGGUCUUGCCUGGCCGGGUGGUGCGGCCGCUCUGAUAAACACGCCGGCAUGUACAUCAAGGUGCACGUGCUGCUCGCGGGAAUGACGCCUGCGGCAUUGCCGACCGGUAAGCGAGAGCUGAUGCUGAAGGAGCUGGGAGUGUGA